AUGUCGGCCGACGCCUCUGCCUCGUCAUCGACGCCCGCGGCCGCGCAGCUCAAGACGACACGCUCCGGCAUUCCGCAGGCGCCGUUCAUCUCCGACGUCGUGGCACACCUGGGCGGCGCAGACGAAGAUGCAGGGCCGCACCUGGAGAAGUUUGCAGAGGCCAUGCAGAAGUACAAGGUGAUGGAGGAGAAGACGUUCCGCAAGCGCGAGGCGCUCGAGGAGAAGAUCCCCGACAUCCGCAAGACGCUGCAGAUGGUGCAGUACCUCAAGUCAAAAAAGGAAGCCGAGGAGUCUGUCAACACGCAAUUCGAGCUGAACGAGACGCUGUAUGCGCACGCCGAGAUCGAGCCGCUGGACUCGGUAAACCUCUGGCUCGGAGCCAACGUGAUGCUGUCGUACCCAUUAGACGAGGCGCUCGAGCUGCUGCAGCGCAACCUCGACGGUGCUCAGUCCAGUCUCGAAAACGUUAUGGACGAUCUCGACUUCCUGCGCGACCAGAUCACAACGAUGGAGGUCAAUACGGCGAGGGUGCACAACUGGGACGUCAAGCGGCGGCGCGAGAUGUGA